CAACAACGAGUCGAACUAUAUAAGUUGAAACGCACGUCAAGUUGGAAAAUAGUUUCAUUAUAAAUUCGAAAAAUUAAAGAAUGGCGCAUUUUUCUGUAGUCUCACUCACCCAAGUUGUUUUGCUGUUAGUUUUGAUUUGUGGGACGCCGAGUUCGACAGGCGCUGCCUUUUCCUUGGAAGAAGAAUUCCUACAACUGAAAGAAAAUUAUAUUCAAAUGAAACAAGUCGUGAAAAGUUUGGAGACCAAAGUUGAACAACUAAAGGGCUUGGAAUCGACAACGAUUGAACUGCAGGCCAAAGUGACUGUACUGGAGGCCAAAGUUGAGCAACAAGAUUCGCUUUUAACUUCCCUUUUACGAGAGAAAAAUGAACGUACAGCAGCAGCAGCAACCGACUCAAUUCCAAUUAGCAAUAAUCCAUCGGCUGCCGCCAUCAACGGACUGCCGUCUUCUUGCGGGGAUCUCAAAAUGAUUGGCCACACCCUGAAUGGAUUUUAUUCCGUCAUAGGAUCGACGAUGAUGGAAUCGGUUUACUGCGAUUUCACUAAACUCCCUAGCGAUGCGGGUUUCCAGAAAUGGAUUGGAUAUGUCGACGUCAAAUCAGCGCCCGUCCAUUUCUACGUCACGAGAAAUUCUCCAUUUAACACAACAUUCACUCCAAUUCCGUUUGAAUUGGCUCGGGUGAACGAGGGAAAUGCCAUGGACUUGACCACGGGGAAAUUCACGGCACCGCGACCGGGAACUUAUUUUUUCUCAUUCACGGGACAUCCCCGCAUUUCGGAUCCAUUGCCUUACUUUUUUAUUGUUGAUUUUUUUAUGAACGGGAAUCUAAUCGGGGAGAGUUAUAUUCAAGAGGACACGAGCGUCACUUUUAAAUAUAGUCCGAUGACCCUGCAGUCGACGCUGAACCUGAAAACAGGCGAUCAACUCUGGCUGCAGAUUUUGUACACUGGUUCAUCCACGUUGGAUGACGGCGGCUACCACCACACCCAUUUCACAGGUUUCAUGUUGAAGGAGGAAAUUGUGACGUCCUUUUGAGGAUCAACAUCCAAAAUCAUCGGUGACACUAACCAAAAUACACUGAAUACACAACUGAAUACCCAAACCAAUUUUCAAGUUCCUAUCUGCAAAAAUAUAGACGCCAGAUUCGCAGAAUGCAGGGCGGACUACAAAUGGAAGAAAAUUAAUUCACGUCUAAUUCGGUAAAUUUUCAAAUAAACA